UCAAGUUCACCAGUGUGUUGUAUAUAAACAGUCUGGAGAGCUUAGCUGCUUGUGCUAAUAUAGGCACAUAACGCUUGUAAAAUAGAAAGUACUUUGCAUUUAUGAACUAAUACGUCACCAAUCGCCAAUAAGAAGCGUAUUUAUUUAGUGAUCUCUCUAAGGGGAAGAUGGCGGAGGAACGGCGCUUCGCCGAGGUGCCCCGGGAAUCCAUCAAACUGAUGGCCGAGAGCACCGGAGUGGAGCUAAGCGAAGAGGUGGCAGCUCUGUUGGCUGAGGAUGUGUGUUACCGACUCAGAGAGGCAACACAGAACAGCUCACAGUUUAUGAGACAUGCAAAGAGAAGGAAACUAUGCGUGGAAGACUUCAAUAGAGCUCUACGGUGGAGCAAUACUGAGACAGUUUGCGGCUACGGUGCGCAAGACGCCUUACCGUUCCGUCCACUGAAGGAAGGAGAGCUUUUCUUUGUAGAGGAUCGGGAGGUAAAUCUGGUGGAGUUGGCACUUGCUACCAACAUCCCUAAAGGCUGUGCAGAAACGCUGGUUCGAGUGAAUGUGUCAUAUCUUGACGGGAAAGGCAAUCUCGAAUCUCAAGGCACAGUGCCCACUGCGGUUCAGUCUCUAUCAGAGGAUCUUCUGAAGUAUUACCAACAAAUAACGCGAGCCAUUUUAGGAGAGGACCCACAUCUCAUGAAGGUGGCUUUGCUAGACCUCCAGUCCAAUUCGAAGAUCGCUGCCCUCCUGCCUUACUUCGUUUACGUCAUCAGUGGGGUAAAGUCGGUAAGUCAUGAUCUGGACCAGUUAAACAGGCUAUUACACAUGGUGAAGAGUUUGGUGCAGAACCCGUACCUGUAUCUGGGCUCAUAUGUGCGAAGUCUGGUGUCUAGUGUCAUGUACUGCAUCCUGGAGCCUCUGGCUGCCUCCAUCAACCCCCUCAAUGAUCACUGGACCCUGAGAGACUACGCAGCCCUUCUACUCAGCCAUAUUUUCUGGACACAUGGGGAUCUUGUGAGUGGGCUGUACCAUCAGAUCCUUCUGUCUCUGCAGAAAGUUCUUUCUGACCCAGUUCGACCUCUCUGUUCCCACUACGGCGCUGUAGUGGGUCUGCAUGCUCUCGGCUGGAAGGCUGUUGAACGUGUGCUGUAUCCUCACCUCCCUGCCUACUGGUCGAAUUUACAAGCUGUGUUAGAUGAUUACUCUGUGUCUAACGCUCAGGUGAAAGCAGACGGACACAAAGUCUAUGGAGCCAUUCUGGUGGCGGUAGAACGUUUGCUGAAGAUGAAGGCACUCAGUUUGACCUUAGCAACAGAAGCAGGUGCUGCUGCUCUCCCGGGCACUGCCUCGGGGGCUGUGGGGUUCAGAGAAAGCUCACCUGGCUUCAGCCCACCGCCUGAACCCCUUUCUGAACCUCCUCUCGGCAUUGCAAGUCAUCUACAAGCAGGUGAAGCUGGCUGCCCAUGGGAAGAGUGGACUCCUGUAUCUCUUCCUGCCAUGUACUGUGAACUUUACUCUUUUUUUGGAGACAGUCUGGCUGUACGCUUCAGCACUGACCCGCCACUAGCUGGCGCCCCACCUGCAGGUUCCUGCCAACCGCUAGAGGGCAGGAAAGAGCCAGUGAGUGUUGCCCCUAAUCUUGAGAGUACACGCAAAAUGCCCCAACUCACGGCCAGUAUGAACAUAAGCCCACGGCAAGAUGGAAGCCCACGUACGGAACCACAACCACCCAGCCUGGCUGCCACCGGCCCGGGGAGAUCUCUUACCCGCUCUUCCUCCUCCUCAUCUUCCGUCUCACGUUCCAGGUCAUCCUCAUCCCGUCCAGGACGUUCAACCAGCCAAUCCCGAGAUAUUUUCCCUAAAGCCCGUUUUCCGCCGCCUCAGGCUGGACCUCCGGCAUUCGCUUUCAUCAUUGGCGGGCGGCAGAUGGGACGACGCUGUCAGGGACGCCGCUUCCAGACGAGCUUUACUCCAACUCCGCCUCUUACUUCCCUCCCACCUCGUGCCUACGCCCACAAGCUACCAGUCAUCGGGAGGGUCAGCAAACCUGUGCGCCGCUGGACGUGUUCCCACUACUCGCUUCAUCUGCCUCUUUAAAAUCCAAGGACGAUGUAUGUGACGUUUAGAGAAACGUGAACUCAGUGACAUCUCAUCAUUUGACUGCAUCUUAGUAACUACAGAGGAAAAUUCUAUAUGCUCUAUGCAAAUAAGGCAAGUAUUAUUUUGGGGAAAUUUUGAAUGAAUAACCGGUGUUUUUACUCUAACUCUUCUGAUCAGUAGCAAUAACUUUGAAUUAUCUCAUAGUUAUGUCACCAUCUACUGCAAAUAGUAUAAUAGAACUUGAAACCAAAUAGAGUUGAAGAUUAUAUUUACUGUAUUUAUAGCAGGAUGAAUCUACAAACACUGCUAUACAAUCGCCUUGUUUAUUAGGGUAUUUAUGUAUGUAAUUUUGUUCCAACCUUUUUU